ACCUUUUGGGGAAGGAACAGAGCAAAGAAAAUAUGAGUUAUGGUUAAGGUUGGCGCCUUUGGAUGAAACCAUUUGAAUGGCAGCCAUUGUUCCGCACUCUGCAAACGCCAUUUCUGCAGCUUCUCUUCUUCCUUCCGCCAUCCCUUUCCGCUUUCCUUCUAUGCCCAUCAAUUCUUCACCUUCAACGCCACCGCCGCCACUUUUAUCCAAAACUUCUUUAUCUCUCUGUAACCCAAAGCCUUGUCACCUCCCACUCAAUUCCACCUCUCCGACCCAUUUCCUAGCCUGCGCUGUGUCAAUUUCAGAACCCCUUUUCGCUUCACGCUCUGUAUAUAACUCUACCUCUCCAAUUACUUCCGGCUUCGAUUUGCUUCGCUUAUCCACUCGCUAUGGUGACGCUGACCUCGCCAGAGCUGUUCAUGCUUGUUUUCUCAAGCUCGAGGAAGAUGUUUAUCUGGGUAAUGCUCUAAUUGCAACUUAUCUCAGGUUGGGGCUUGUUCAAGAUGCUGAUAAAGUCUUUUCUGGCCUUUCGUGUCCUAAUGUGGUGUCUUAUUCGGCGAUGAUUUCUGGGUUUUCCAAGUCGAACCGGGAAGAUGAAGCUGUUGAGCUUUUCUUUGCGAUGUUGGACUCGGGUAUUGAGCCGAAUGAAUACACUUUUGUUGCAAUUUUGACUGCUUGCAUUCGAAACAUGGAUUAUCAAUUAGGUUCUCAAAUUCAUGAUAUUAUCAUCAAAUUGGGGUACCUGAAUUGUGUUUUCAUUUGCAAUGCACUUUUGGGAUUCUAUAGUAAGUGUGGGUUUUUGGAACUUGUACUUAGAUUGUUCGACGAAAUGCCUGAGAGAGACAUUACUUCGUGGAAUACUGUUAUCUCUAGUUUGGUGAGUGAGUUCAGGUAUGAUGAAGCGUUCGGUUACUUUCGUGGUAUGCAACGAAGUGAGGGGCUCAGAGUGGAUAAUUUCUCUCUUUCUACUCUAUUGACAGCUUCUACUGGCAGUGUUAAGCCAAUGAAGGGCCAACAACUUCACGCUCUUGGAUUGAAGGUCGGGCUGGAGUCUCAUUUGAGCGUGAGCAAUUCGCUUAUUGGGUUCUAUACUAAAUGUGGGAGUGUAAACGAUGUAAUGAAACUGUUUGAGGCAAUGCCAAUAAGAGAUGUUAUUACUUGGACAGGAAUGAUAACAUCAUACAUGGAAUUCGGAAAGUCGGAUUUGGCAGUCGAAGUGUUCAAUAACAUGCCAGAGAGGAAUUGUGUCUCUUACAAUGCAGUUUUGGCUGGACUUUCUAGGAAUGGCAACGGGUCGAGAGCUCUGGAGCUUUUCAUCGAAAUGUUGGACGAGGGCAUGGAAAUAUCAGAUUGCACAUUGACUAGCAUCAUCAAUGCUUGUGGGUUGCUCAGGAAUUUGAAACUCAGCCAGCAGAUUCAAUGCUUCAUCAUCAAGUUUGGGAUUUUGUCAAAUUCUUGUAUUGAAACAGCAUUGGUUGACAUGUAUACAAGGUUAGGGAGGAUGGCGGAUGCAGAAAAAAUGUUUCAUCAGCGUUCAUUAGAGAAUGACUACACUGCAAUGCUAACAUCAAUGAUUUGUGGGUAUGCUCGAAACAAGCAACUUAAUGAAGCAAUCUCUCUCUUUCACUCUGGUCAAUCUGAAGGAGCUAUUGUCAUGGAUGAAGUUGUGUCAACGUCAAUACUCUCUCUUUGUGGAAGUAUAGGUUUUCAUGAGAUGGGGAAGCAAAUGCAUUGCCAUGCACUUAAAUCAGGUAUCAUAACUGAUACAGGCGUUGGAAACGCAACAGUUAGCAUGUACUCCAAGUGCUGGAAUAUGGACGAUGCCGUUCGAGUAUUCGACACAAUGAACAUGCAAGACGUAGUUUCCUGGAAUGGUUUGAUUUCUGGACAUUUGCUUCAUAGACAGGGUGAUAAAACCUUGGAAAUCUGGAAGAAGAUGGAGAAAGCAGGAGUAAAACCUGACAAUAUUACGUUUGUUUUGAUUAUUUCAGCGUACAAACACACUGAAUUAGAUUUAGUAGAUAGAUGUCGUAGCUUAUUUUUCUCUAUGAAAACUAAGUACAAUAUCAAACCCACUUCAGAGCAUUAUGCCUCCUUUAUCAGUGUUUUGGGUCGUUGGGGUUAUCUCGAAGAAGCUGAAGAAACAAUCAGAAGGAUACCUUUCGAACCGGGCGUUAAUGUCUGGCGCGCUUUGCUUGAUAGUUGUAGAAUCAACAAAAAUGAAAGGCUGGAAAAGGUUGCUGCAAGAUGCAUACUGGCUGUGGAACCAAAAGAUCCAUUUACUUACAUACUUAAGUCGAAUCUAUACUCUGCAUCAGGGAGAUGGCUUUAUUCUGAAAAGGUAAGAGAGGAUAUGCGGGAGAAAGGAUUCAGGAAACACCCAAGUCAGAGUUGGAUCAUCCAUGAGAACAGAAUUCAUUCAUUCUAUGCCAGAGACAAGUCUCAUCCCCAAGUAAAAGACAUUUACAGUGGACUAGACAUACUAGUCUUAGAAUGUUUAAAAGCUGGUUAUGUUCCAGACACGAGUUUUGUUCUUCAAGAAGUAGAGGAACACCAAAAGAAGGAAUUUUUGUUCUAUCACAGUGGGAAAUUAGCUGCAACUUUCGGCAUUCUACUGACGAGACCGGGACAACCCGUCCGAAUCGUGAAGAGUGUUCGUUUGUGUGGGGAUUGCCAUACCUUCUUGAAAUAUGUUUCUAUUAUUACCAGAAGGAAAAUAUUUGUCAGGGAUACUUCAGGAUUCCAUUGCUUUGCAGAUGGCCAAUGCUCAUGUAAAGAUUACUGGUAACUAUUUUUUACUUUUGAUCAUUCUAUCAUAAUCUCAUAUCUUUAAGCUUAGGUCUCUGGA